CGCAGUUUCAUAUCAAAAACACAAACGCCAACUUGCUCUAGCUUCCCCAUUUCGAAUGAUCGGCCGUGUGUAGCGUAUCGUAUCCAGGCCUGGGUGCGGUUUACUCCGCCGCCGCGCCUUUUCCUGUCCCUGGUUGUGCGUCAGGACGGCGCGUCAGCUGACAGCCAUCAGAGGAGCCGGAGGAAGCCGCGGAAUUAGCGGGUCUGGAUACGGACAAAACGACGACCCCAACUGGGAACGUCUGUGCAAUAGUUAGGGCGGAGUUUGGUUUCAUCAUGGCCUGUUGGGUUUGAGGAGCAGCCACAAUGAUUGGAGGACUGUUCAUCUACAAUCACAAGGGGGAGGUCCUCAUCUCCCGGGUCUAUCGAGAUGAUAUAGGGCGCAACGCCGUGGAUGCGUUCCGCGUGAACGUGAUCCACGCUCGGCAGCAGGUGCGAUCCCCGGUCACCAACAUUGCCCGCACCAGCUUCUUCCACGUCAAGCGCUCCAACAUCUGGCUGGCUGCCGUCACCAAGCAGAAUGUCAACGCCGCCAUGGUGUUCGAGUUCCUGUACAAGAUGUGCGACGUCAUGACCGCAUACUUCGGCAAGAUCAGCGAGGAAAACAUCAAGAACAACUUUGUGCUCAUCUACGAGCUGCUGGAUGAGAUCCUGGACUUUGGUUACCCCCAGAACUCUGAGACUGGAGCCCUGAAGACUUUCAUCACCCAGCAGGGCAUUAAGGGACAGCACCAGACAAAAGAGGAGCAGUCUCAGAUCACCAGCCAGGUGACAGGACAGAUUGGCUGGCGCCGCGAAGGCAUCAAGUAUCGCCGCAAUGAGCUCUUCCUCGACGUGCUGGAGAGCGUCAACCUGCUCAUGUCACCUCAAGGCCAGGUGCUGAGUGCGCACGUGUCGGGCCGAGUGGUGAUGAAGAGCUACCUGAGCGGGAUGCCCGAAUGCAAGUUCGGCAUGAAUGACAAGAUUGUGAUCGACAAACAGGGUAAAGGAGGAGCCUCCGACGAUGCCGGCAAGAGUGAUUUAGGGGGAGGAAGUGGGAAACAGUCUAUUGCCAUCGACGACUGCACUUUCCAUCAGUGCGUGCGUCUCAGUAAGUUUGACUCUGAGAGGAGCAUCAGCUUCAUCCCACCGGAUGGAGAGUACGAGCUGAUGAGGUACCGAACCACUAAGGACAUCAUCCUGCCGUUCAGGGUCAUUCCUCUGGUCAGGGAAGUGGGUCGCACCAAACUGGAGGUGAAGGUGGUCAUCAAGUCCAACUUUAAACCGUCUCUGCUGGCCCAGAAGAUCGAGGUUCGUAUCCCGACACCGCUCAACACCAGUGGAGUCCAGGUGAUCUGUAUGAAGGGAAAAGCCAAGUACAAGGCCAGUGAGAACGCCAUUGUGUGGAAGAUCAAGCGCAUGGCGGGAAUGAAGGAGUCUCAGAUCAGCGCUGAGAUCGAGCUGCUGCCGACCAACGACAAGAAGAAGUGGGCCAGACCUCCCAUCUCCAUGAACUUCGAGGUUCCUUUCGCUCCGUCUGGUCUGAAGGUGCGCUACCUGAAGGUGUUUGAGUCCAAACUCAACUACAGUGACCACGACGUCAUCAAAUGGGUGCGGUACAUCGGUCGUUCCGGCAUCUACGAAACACGCUGCUAAAAUUCAACCCCACCAGGCAGCGAGCUGACCCCCUCAUCCAUUCUGAUUUUUUUUUUUUUUCUCCCUCGUCUAUUCUCCUGUCUUUAUAGCUUCUCUCAUUCACCCUCCCGAUUUAGAUGUUGGAGAAAUUUACAUUGUUUAACAAAAAAAAAAUAAUUAUGGUAUAACGCACAGAUAUAUGCAAAUGUGACCCAUGUUAUCGUAUAUAUCUUGUAGUGGUGAGUGAACCUUUAAGCCACCUGGUGUCUGGGAGGAAGAGACAUCAUCUGCAGGGACACCAGGGGGAGUUGGGGCUCUACUCUGUCGUUUAUUCAGUGUUAUUGUUUGGCCGACCACUUUAGUGUAGAGAAUUUCUGGCUAAAAUGAACCGUAGAUGUUGUGGUUUAAGAUGAUUCAUGAUCUAGUUCUUGUAAAUGAACCUCCCUCUCAGUGGACCCGCCACUUAAACUCCUGCUCCUUUGACUGAUGUGUGUUGUGGACUGAUGGAUAUUUGAUGCGUGUUUUCACCGCAGCAGGUAAAAUAAAUCUCCAGUGUUGAUCUGAAACGAACAGAUCCACUGAGCUGAUUCUUUCUCCCACCGUUUAUUUCGGUCAGCACUUGGUAAAGUCAACCAGAGAACAUUCCAGACAGACUUGUGCGUUGUCGAAAAACCUGUAAAAUGUGACGUGAGACCAACUGAGAGAUGUUUUGGAGAUGAGGCCAUGCCAGUGCACAUUUGCUGUGAGGUGAUGUCUCCCCCUGGUGUUUGCCUCUUCACUCGUCUGCUUCUUCAUGUUUGUUGCCCUGGUGACCAUUGUGUCCAAUAAAACCUCACUAUGUAACCAAA